UGCUUGCUUGCAAGGGUGGGACGAGGCAGAGGCGAGUUGGUUGAACUCCAGCCUGCGGGAGCCGCGUGCGUUGGAGGCAAGCCCUGAAGGACAACCAGAGAGGAUGGUGUCUCUCUAUCGCUCCUUGCUGGUCCCCACUCGUCUGGUGCUGAAGGUCUCCACUGUGGCCUCCUGGCUGGCCGUGUACAGCGUUGCUUGCCUUACUGCAGCUCUCUACUCUUGGGGGGUGCUCUGGCAGGUGCUGACAAAGGGCCCCAGACAGGUGUUCCACAGGAGGAAGCGGGAGGCACCUCCAAGCUGCCUCACUGAUUCCUCAUAUGGGGAGCACCGAUACCUGACGCUCAAGAACUCCGGGCUCCGUCUCCACUACGUUCAGGCUGGCCAGAAAGGAGCACAGCUGAUGCUGUUCUUGCACGGAUAUCCUCAGAACUGGUUUGUAUGGCGGCAUCAGUUGAAGGAAUUUAAGGAAGCCUUUAAGGUGGUGGCACUCGAUUUGCGAGGCUACGGCUUUUCCGACGCACCAGCUGGUCGUAAGCACUACGGGAGGGAUGCGCUGCUUGAAGACGUGCGGGACGUCAUUGAAGCCCUGGGCUCCAGUGAGAAGGAUGAAACUGCUAAGUGUGUCCUAGUAGGACAUGACUGGGGUGGAUUCAUUGCGUCUGAAUUUGCUGCCUAUCACCCCGACAUGGUGGAGAAGCUGAUUGUCAUGAAUGCUGUCCAGUUACACAUCCUGUUAGAAUAUAUCCUUGGACAUCCCACCCAGCUGCUGCGAUCCAAUUACCUAUUCUUCUACCAGCUCUCAAAGCUGCCAGAGCUCAGGCUGUCCGUGAACGACUUCCACGAUAUGAAGUUUUGUUUGACCAAUGAGAAGACUGGGAUCCAGAAUCCAGCACACCGUUUAACAGAGGAGGAGUUGGAGGCUUAUCUGUAUGGCCUCUCGAGCCUUGGCGGUUUGACACCGCCCCUGAAUUACUACAGGAACGUCUUCUGCUGGGGUCCUCCAAAGCGCAAGGAUAUACUGAUGCCCACCCUGCUGAUCUGGGGAGAGGAAGAUGCCUACUUGGAACAGGGGCUGAUCCAACCUAUGGUGCAGAAUAUACGGAACAGCGUCCAGGUGCACCUCAUCCCGAAAGCCAGCCACUUCAUUGCUGAGGACCAACCUGAAAAAGUCAAUCAAUUGAUGUGGGCUUUCCUCCUGGGAAAGGAACGUGAUGGAAAGAUGGAGUAACUGCUCUGUGCAUUAGAAGCACCUCCUCUCCUCGCCAUGCAGGAAACUGCCACAGCGGCAGCUUGGCCUGACUGUGGAGAGAGGGGCCUUCCCUGGUGUUCUUUGGAAUUUUCCUGUACCGUAUUGGAUCCCAAGUCCCACGAAACGUUAACUGGUUUUGUGACAAGCCCGCAAUAAGGAGGAUCUGCUUCCAUGAUUCUGGUUUGGGCCUUCCUGACUAUAAAAUCGCAAGCUGUUGCGUCUGGCCAAAGGUCUUCCAGCUCACUUCCUCUGAAUGUGAGCCAUGAAUACCCAUGGAAAGGGCAAGGCUUGACUUCUGCAUUCCUCUAUGAAGUACCCAGGAUCAACCAUGAAACACACCACAAGGAAGUUGUCUCUUAUCACUGUAAUCACCUGGAAGUGUGACUGUACCUACAAAAAUCCUGUGCCACCUAGGAGAAGAGGAAAUUAAUUGGAUGGGUUGAGGAAGAGGUGUGAGAUUGCCUACUGCGCUACCAAAAGAAGGUCACAUAAUUGCCCUUGUGGCCACAUCUGCUGUGCAUGUGGGAAACUGGAGAAAAGACAAGACUGUCCGGUGUGUAAAAGGAGGAUCCGUGUAACUCAGCCAUGUGCUGCUCCUGUAGGAGUGCGACUCAGUGGAACCUUUAUAUCUGCCUGGAGGAAAGUCUGUCAGUGCUCUGGGAAAGAAGGUCAACGUGUCCAUGGAACUGCAGCCACGAUAAAGAGGCUUCUUGCCCCUA